UAUCUUAGGUGGGGGCCCAUGGUUUUGGUCUUAUUGAGAAUAUUGUUGGUUUGGCACAUGCAGAUGUAGGCAUGGAUACUUCCAUGUGGUGAACAAUGACUAUACCCAUUGGGAAAUGUAUGCCAUUGGAGGAAGUGCUGCACCAACCAUCAAUAGUCAAGGCAACAGAUUUCUUGCUCCUGAUACCAGAUUCAGCAAAGAGGUGACAAAACAUGAGAGUGCACCACAGAGUGAAUGGAAGAACUGGAAUUGGAGAUCAGAAGGAGACUUAAUGUUAAAUGGUGCAUUUUUCACACCAUCUGGUGCUGGGGCUUCUUCAAGUUAUGCCAAGGCUUCGAGCCUGGGUGCCAGACCAUCCUCACUCGUGGGUUCGCUCACGGCCAAUUCUGGAUCACUCAAUUGCAAAAAGGGUUCUCGUUGCUAGCUAGCUAGCUAGCUAGCUCAUCAAGAUCAUCAGACCCAACAACAACAAAUACUUGGGAAGAUAUUUGAAGUUAUUAUUUAGACAAAAUUAAUUUAUUAGACUAUGAGGGAAAGGAAAAGUAGGGCGCAAGAAGUCUAAAGGGGUUCCAUAUCUACUGCUAGGGUUUAUUUUACUUUUCUUGGCUUUUUCUUCCCUCCAUUUUAUUUAAUUUUACCUUUUUUUUAUUUUUUUUUUGUUUUUGCCUUUGUUUUUUUUUGUUUUUGACUUUAAUGUCAAGUACAACCUCUGGUUUGUUACUCAGAAAAACCAUUGGGGAUUCUGCUGUCAGUCCUCUAUGGGUAUAGAGAAACAAAGUCUGGAAGUGUUGAUAUAUAUACAAUGUUUUGUCUAUUUAUGUUCUUAUGCAGAAUUCGAAUGAUUCUAA